AUGCCGUGGUCCGAGAACAAGGACAAUACUGACGAUGGGUACAUAGAUACGCGUGAGAGACCCUUCGCUUGCGAAUGUGGCCAGGCGUUCACCAGAAAGGACCUGCUCUCGCGUCAUCUCAGAUUAUCGCAUUCUCAACUCAGUGAUGUACUGUCAGGCAGGGACGAGGAAGACCAUCCCGAACCGAGCAGGCUGCACACGGAUGAGACGACGGGCGACGACCCGGACCUCCUUUUCGAUCCCCAGCUCUUCAUGCAAGACAUAUUACCACCAAACCUGUUUGACUUGGACGCUAAUUUCCCUCUCCCCUCCGCCCAAACGCGUCCUCCAUCACCUGGAUCAAACGACUUUCCCCGGUUCAGCUCCCGUCUACCAGACUUAGACCGCGCAGAACGCGAACGGAACACGGACGAGGAUCAUAGCGGAGCUUUCUCGGAUUAUACGACUAUCACACCAUGGUCUUUCUCCGAAUCCGCCUACGAGGGUUUCUGUCUCGAAGUCGAGUCCUACUCGGCAGUGCUUCCACAUGACUGGCACGUACCGUCACGAAAUGCCUUGAGCCGCAAUCUGGAAUCAUACUUCCGCUGUGCUCAAGAAAACCUUCCUUUCCUUCACUCCGCGACCUUCUCCGUUGCAAAGACGGACGUCGAAUUGCUGCUCGCUGCAGCCGCUAUGGGAGCCUUGAACCGGUUUGAGACAUCCUGUUCCUACUGCUUAUAUAAUAUGGCGAAAGCGAUACUUUUGGAGAAUCUACGUCGGCAGGACUUGGAAUUGUCCACUCUCAUGCUACCAGGACAAGAUCAUGCCACUCUUCAACGGAGGAAUGGACUUGGGAAGAUCCAAUCGCUCAUCCUUCUCGUUGCUUAUGCGUCAUGGGCGGGAAAGGACAUCCUACCAGACGCAAUUUCCCUGGGAGGACGAUUGAGCGUGCUGGUGAGACAGCAUGGGCUCUCGGAAAUGCAUGACUCGACGCACGUUGACGGUGAGCUGAUGGAUGUCGCUGAGAGAAAAGGGGCCUGGUGUGAGUGGGUGACUGCUGAGGAGCGCAGGAGGACCUUGCUCUCGGCGUAUGUGCUUCUCAGCCUGCACAGUAUCGCCUACGACAUCCCGCCGCAGCUCUUGAACCGUGACAUGGGCGUCUUGCUCCCCAGCUGCGUGGAGCCAUGGAAGGCCACCAAUCCGACACAGUGGCACCGGAGCAAUGUUUAUCCUCAAUGUCUGUUUCAACAAGCGUUCCGCUCGCUUUUUGAUGGUAAUGUAUCUCCGGUUUCUUCGUUUGCCAACUAUGUCCUCAUUCACAGUUUGCUUCAAGAAAUAAGCAUCUGGAAUGGUGAUGUGACUGUUGGACGUCUCGCUAAGCCAGAGACGGCGAACGCCUUUGAGACGGCCCUGCGGACGUGGCAAUCAUCCUGGGAGCUCACCCACGAGUCCACCCUUGAUCCUCUAUCAGAGAAAGGACCGCUAGGGCUCAACGCAACUGCCCUGCUUCGGCUGGCCUAUAUUCGAUUAAGCUCCAACCUGGCCCCGUGCCGGGCGCUUUUGACCAGAGAUAUCAGCAAUCUUGUGGUUCAAAGAACCUGGAUGAAGAGCCCAUCAGCUCAGGUGGAUCGAGCCGUUCUUCACGCCGCGCACGCUUUGAGUAUUCCAGUGCGUUUGGGCAUUGAACUGGUGACCCAUACCCGGUUACCAUUUCGAGGCAUCGAAAAUUCGCUGAGCAGCCUCGAAUGCGCCUUACUGUUGAGGGACUGGCUUGUCAUGGUUGCGACAAUUACCAGGUCCUGCGGUCCAGACGCAUUGCGCAAGACGGAGCGCAAGCUUCUGGACAUCGUCAGUGGAAUCAUCAAAGAGACAUCUCUGGCAGACACGCUGGACGUUCAGGAGGACGACUCAUCGCGCUACCAGCGCAUGGCAACGACAAUAUUAAGGCUAUGGGCUCAAAUAUUCCAAGGUGUCCAUGUGCUUGAGAUUGACAGGUUCAUUGGCUCUGGCCUUCGACUUCUGGCAGACGCUGCUUAG